CUACUUACCUGUCUUUAUGUGUCACAGAAAGAGCCGAAGUGCAGAGCUCAGAAUAAAGCGCAGAGGCAGAGAAAGGCAGGAUUAUACACAUGGCAGGUGAGAGAAAGGCAGAGAGAGAGAAGGAAAGGAUGGGAGGAAAAAGCGGCAGAAAGAGGCUUAAGAUUACAGAGGCAAGCACCCUUUGUUGCUGAGUUCAGUUGUGAUGGACAGCUUAUGUUUAGGGAAAGAGUGAAGGAGCCUCUCAGUGCACUACCAUAAAAUUUGCAGGACUGCUGAGGAUGUUCUUCUUCACUGAUCAAACUUUUGUCUGACAAACAAGGAACCUGGACUUCAAGGAAGGUGAAGAAGAGGGUCAGAGUAUUCGAUGUGAUCCAAAGAUAGUAGGCAAAGGAGCCAAAGGAGGGGAAAAAACAAAAACCCCAGGGAGGGCUAGUCAGGGGGGACCAGGUGAUUGAGCCUUCAAGGUGAAUAACAAGUCAAGCAAGUACAAGAGUGAGGCUAGACGAGAGAGCACUGUUCAACAAGAGAGACGGGUUGACAGCAGAAGUGGAGAUAAGCAGUCGAGAGCAAAAUUAGUCUACAGAGAAACAGAGGUUGAUACCGGACUACAGGGAGAUCAAGGUUGACUCAAGUCUUUGCUGCCUCUAACCUGAUUAGGGUGAGGAGCGGUAGUCGUGGAGGGGAGCUGGGAGACCUGAUCAACAGAACGUGAGAGCCAGCAAGAGAAGGAGAGAAGAGAGAAAGAAUUACAAGAGGACGCUCGGUGAAAGAAGCCUCUUAAAUCUGGGAGCUGGAAUUAGAGCCGCAGAAACUGCAGCGGGGAAGCCACAAAACCACAGUGAAGAUGCCUGCUAAUGGGAACCGUCCCUUGAAGUUGCAGUUUGGUCUAAUCAACCAUGAGGGUCGCUACCUCACUGCUGAGACCUUUGGCUUCAAGGUGAAUGCGUCAGCACCCAGCCUGAAGAAAAAGCAGAUAUGGACUUUAGAGCAUGACUCUCAGGACACCCAGGUGGUCUACUUGCGCAGCCACCUGGGACGCUACCUGGCCUCUGACAAGGACGGCAAAGUCACCUGUGAGGCUGAUGGGCACAAUUCAGACUGCCGCUUCCUCAUCGUGGCUCAAUCAGACGGUCGCUGGGCCCUGCAGUCUGAGCAGCACCUCCGCUUCUUCGGUGGCUCUCGGGACUACCUGUCCUGCUUUGCCCAGAUAAUCACAGAUGCCGAGCUGUGGGCAGUGCACCUGGCUCUACAUCCGCAGGCCAACCUGUUGUCUGUGGCCCGCAAGCGUUAUGCCCACCUCUCUAUGGAAGAUGGGGAAAUCGCUGUGAAUGUGAACAUUCCCUGGGGUGUGGCAGCGCUCCUGACCCUUGUCUACCUGGAUGGGAAGUACUGCCUUAAGACCUGCGACAGCCGCUUCCUCAGCAAUGAUGGGAAGCUCUUGACACAGAGUGGGAGGGCCACGGCAUACACGCUGGAGCUGAAGUGUGGGAAGCUGGCCUUUAAAGACUGUGAGGGGAAGUAUUUGUCUCCCAUGGGGCCUACAGGCACCCUGAGGUCUGGACGAUGCUCCAAGCCGGGCAAAGAUGAACUGUUUGACCUAGAGGAGAGCCACCCACAGGUGGUUCUGAUGACAGCUAAUGGGCGAUAUGUCUCCAUAAGACAAGGAGUAAGCCUUGCAGCCAAUCAGGAAGAUGAGACAGACAUGGAGACGUUUCAGAUGGAGAUUGACAAGGAAACCAGGAAGUGUACGUUCCGCACCAGCCAAGGGAACUACUGGGCUCUGGUGGCCCACGGAGGCAUCCAGAGCACUGCCACUGAAGUGUCAGCGAACGCCAUGUUUUCAGUGGAGUGGCUUGGCCACAAGGUGGCACUAAAAGCUAACAAUGGAAAAUACAUCUGCACCAAGAAGAAUGGCCAGCUACUUGCUAUCAGUGAUUCUAUAGGUGAGGACGAACAGCUCACUUUGAAACUGAUCAACCGACCCAUGCUGAUCCUGAGAGGAGAGAACGGCUUCAUCUGCCACCACAGGAACUCCAACACACUGGACGCCAGCAGAUCGGUCUAUGACAUUUUCAACCUGCAAUUCAGUAACGGGGCCUACAAUAUUAAAGGUGUGGAUGGCCGGUUCUGGUACGUGAACAGUGCUGGGCUGGUGUGCUCAGACGGUGAGGCCCCUGAGGAUUUCUCUCUGGAGCUCCAGGAGCAUGGCCGCCUCGCCAUCCGUGGCAAGAACGGCAAAUACCUGCGCGGAGACCAGGGAGGCACGCUGAAGGGAGACGGACUCAGCCUGAGCAGCUCGGCCCUGUGGGAGUAUUAAUACUAUCCAAUAUAAGUCCUAACCCUAACUCUGUCCCCUCUCAUCGUUGAGUUAACUCUGUGGCAUUUUGAGGUGAAAGACAGUUACUCAUCAGCGACGUGUUGCAGCUUGUACUGAUUUCAUCCCACUUUUUUUCUCCUUCCUGUUACAAAGAGGUCGAAGCAGAGAACUCACAAGAAUAAGUGACUCACACGGGGGGAGAAAGUGCAAGAAGAGGAACUGACCAUGCAUAUUCAGCCAAGAAAAGUCUUGAUGAAGUGAACAAUGUUUUGAAUCGGUGCUUGAUCUCGAAAACAGAAUAAUUAGUGAGUGAGCAUUAGAGUUUUUCCUUUAUGUAUGCUGUAAAACCAAACAUCAGCGUGACAUCCAACUCUGUCGUUCACGGCGUCCUCUUUCUCCGCAUCUUUAUCUUCCCAGCCUUUCUGCCACUCCUUACACAUAUUACAUUAUUAAGAGCAAGGCAACAAAGUGGUACUACAGGUGUGUAAUGACAUUUGUCACUCAUCCAGUCUAAGGGGUACAAUGAAUCAGAGUGCCAUUUGAGACAGACAGACAGUCACCAUUACGAGUGAGGUCACUUUUUAGAGGAGUUCCAGUUAUUAGCCUGGUACUGCUGUCUGAGGAUAUUAGUAGACAAGAAUGAUUGGGUUUCUAGUAGUUACCUGUAGAAACAGUAGAAGACUGUAAUCAAGACUCAUGAAAACAUGGUAGCAGAGCUAAUAGGAUCAUUCCAACCUGCAACCUGAAGUGGGUGGAUUUUUUGUUUUUCUACAUUUCUUCUGUCUUUUAAGAACAUAAAGACACAAAAUACACUUGUUUGGCUGGUUAUGUUUUGUUUUAGUAAUGUCACAUUUCUACCAGGAUUAUAGGAAUCAAGGACAAACUUAUUUAAGGGCGCUUUCACAACUUUUAGAUCUGCUCCGGUUCAUGUUUUACAGACUGACAGGUAACUGGAAGCUUAACAUCCACAUACAAGCAUACUCCUUAAACCAGUGGGACCCCCUGCAAGUAGUCCAAGGGUAAAUGUGAGCCAUCACUAUGAUCAAUAGAGAUAAGGAAGAAAAAAUGAUAUUUUUGUAACAGAAAACUAGGUUGAUUUUUGUCUAAUUUGGGCUUUCUUGUUAAAUACUUUCACCUCUCUGGGGUCCCUAAAAAUCACUCAAAUAACACAGUCUGAGAAGGAAAAAUCACUCUUUGGUUGAACUGCUCACCAGUCAUGUCCAUACUACAACCAUACCCUGUGAUUAGGGGUCACAAGUAGAUUCAUUUUUAGGGGGUCACAUUAUAUUGGAUUUGAUAUUAUUGCUUAUGCAAUACUGUUUAAGCAGAAUUUUAAUGGCCAAAUUAUAACUACUUACAGCUGUUAUGUGUAGUACAAAGUACAAUAUUUCCCUAGUAAUGGAGGAAGUAGGAAAUAGAAUGUUGCAUAAAAUGGAAGUACUCAAGUAAAGUACAUGUACUUAAAAUUGUACAGUACUACUUUCCCCCCACUGAUGCCAACCACAGUACGAGAAGAGAGAGCAAGCAUAAAAGAAAAACAAUGGGAUUUGAGAAGUUGAAGUGGAGUUGAGAAGUGGGUCUUUGGUUUUGAUUUAAAUUCUACAGAUAGAAAGAUAUGAUAUUGCUUUCUAAACCGGUUUGUGGAAGAACAGUCUCAUCUGUGAGCGCUCUCACCUUUCUUGACAUCUGUGAAGAGGUAGAAUCUGUAGAUGGAGCAGAGGAGUUUCUUCUUCCAUCCUUUCUUCAUCAUCUCCUAUUGCUGAGAUUCACUGCUGCUUCGAGGGUCCACUGUUAGCCAUCUGUACAGGAAGCAGAGACAUCACCUGGGAGUCUCCACAAGUCAGGACCUGCUGUUGCUUACACCAUGAUGCGAGCAGCCAUUGCUGUUUCUGUGACUGAAGCAGCUGUUGCUGAGAUGAUAGCUGGAGGUGCCAUCAGUUUCUCACCAAUCAUGGUCGCUGUUUUACUGGUUUGCUUUUCUGGCCAGUUACUGGUGGAUGAGAUCAUAGUCUUUCCACAGACCGGCCACUGCUUUAAACAUUUUUACAGCACGAUCAGUAACAGGAACUGUUUCAGCUAUAGUGCCAUCAGGCAUUAGUACUGUUCUUGUCUUGGCAGGAGCAGCUAUUUUCACAGUUUUUGAUGUUGUGCUAGCAGGAAUUUGUGUUGUUUUCACCAUGGCAUGAGGUAUUAUUUGUAUUAUUGUUGUACCAAACAGUGACAUAAUGUGCGGUCCUGGAUGGUUAUCCAGGAAUGUGAUGCAUUAUAUGACCAUCCUGCAUCAGGGCUUAAUACACACAGGAGACAUAGUGGCUAGUUAGUAAGUUUACACAGACUCUGUGUUCUUGUGCAGGUCAGGUGAACUUGAUCUAAACUGCAGGUGUGAAUGUGUUUUUGAAUUAAAACAUAUUCAGUAGUGGUGGUCAUUUUGACACAGUGAAAAUUAUGGAUUCAAUUCAGACAACAUUUUACUGGCUGGAUUACCAACUUGAUAAAGUCUCUGGGGGGCCAGAAGACUCCAGGUUCAAUUAUUGUUCGAUGAUUUAAUGAAUUGAAAAUUUGGUUAAUACCGCAUGCACCACUAAAGCACAUUAUAAACUUAAAUAAUAAGGGCCUUUAGGCAACACCAGCAUCAAUAACAAUAUGUUAAAGGAAAUAGAUUGUGGUGCAUAUGUGUCUUUUUCGAAAAUGACAACACCUUUGAUACAACAGUUAACAGUAUAAUAGUGUAAUAAAGUUAGGUAACGAAAUAGAGUGGAAUAAAAUACACUGUUGAUUCAGGCUUUUUGAAAAACAAACAAGACCAGUUGUUAAAAAACAGUAAACAGUGCUUUCCUCUCUUUUAAAUGUCCUCAAUUGUCUUUUUGAUAUGGUGUGAUCAGCCUAUCUCAUUGCAACAAAAAGCGUGACUGUGCGUUUUUGUUGUAAGAGGACAUGAGAUCCCCUCAUUAUGCUUAAUCAGCCUUCUUCAAAUCACUUCACUGGGUGACUGCUGACACUGAAAGGUCUGGUAAUGAUUCAAAUAGAGAGAUAUGAUAUAAAUCAAUAAAAACUUGUCUUGGAAGUAUACAAGGUGUUAAAUGUUACAUUUUUAAGAGAUCACCGCUCUUAGGUAUCUCUUAAUCCCUCCCUCCUUAGACGACCUUCUACUCUUGAAAAACACUGAAAUUUGUUUUUUCUGCAACUGCUUGAAUUAUGGACGAUCAAUGCGGCUGCCUGCAAAUGCCCCAUUUAUAUCCAGUGCUGUUAUGUGUCACAGACUCCAUCCUCCAUUUGUAGCCUGCUAACAGAAUAAGGUAGACCGAUCCCUCCUGUUUUUUCACUUCAGUUGAUGUAUUCUUGCAACAACCUCUUAGGAUGAUUAAAAGCUUUAUUCAAAUGGA